AUUUUCAAGCUCAGAUAGAGAAGUUGUACGAGCAGAACGGCACUUUCGAACAGUUUUGUGUCCUUUUGAAGAAGAAAAGCACUGAGUUAAGAGCUAAGUACACUGCCACUGUCCAUUCAAACUGAUAUGCUGUCAUAGGACUGGAGUCACUGAGGCAUGUCAGGACAGCUACAAGGUCUGUGGUGUUGAGCGACGGGCCGUGUAAAAGAGGACUGUAAGCAGGAAGAACCCGUUGUGGUGUGCGUGUAUGUGUGUGUGAGGCGAGGGCUUGUCCGUCAUGGGUGUGUUGGCCUGGCUGAAGAGCCAGUUCAUCCUGCAGCUCCUCAUCGGCUUCGUAUUCGUGGUCAGCGGCCUCAUCAUCAACUUCAUUCAGCUGUGUACCUGCGUGCUUUGGCCAUUCAACAAGCAGCUCUACCGCAGGAUCAACACCCGCAUGUCCUAUUCAUUAUGGAGCCAGUUGGUAAUGCUUUUAGAGUGGUGGUCAGGAACGGAAUGCAUGCUCUAUACAGACCAGGCCACAGUGGAUCAGUUCGGAAAAGAGCACGUCAUCAUCAUCCUCAACCACAACUACGAAAUCGAUUUCCUAUGCGGCUGGACCAUGUGCGAAAGAUACGGUGUGCUGGGGAGUUCCAAGGUGCUGGCGAAACGUGAGCUGCUGAAAGUUCCUCUGAUUGGCUGGACCUGGUACUUCCUGGAGAUCGUGUUCUGCAAGAGAAAGUGGGAGGAGGACAGGGAUACGGUGUUUAAUGGGCUCAGUCAACUCAAGGAUUAUCCCGAGUACAUGUGGUUCCUGCUGUACUGUGAGGGAACACGGUUUACGGAGAAAAAGCACGAGAUCAGCAUGCAGGUGGCUGAGAGUAAAGGUCUCCCCAAACUCAAAUACCACCUAUUGCCACGUACCAAGGGCUUCACCACCACACUGCAGUGCCUGAAGGGAACAGUCACAGCUGUAUACGACGUCACACUGAAUUUUAAAGAUAAGGAGAACCCCACACUGCUAGGCAUCAUCAACGGCAAGAAGUACAGAGCCGACAUGAGAGUCCGGCGUUUCCCAGUCGAGGAGAUCCCCGAUGAUGAGAAGGAGUGUGCUAACUGGCUUCACAAGCUCUAUCAGGAAAAGGAUGAAUUGCAAGAGUUCUAUUUCAAGGAGGGGCGUUUCCCAGGACCCACUAUCAAGCCCAAACGCCGGUUAUGGACCCUGCUCAACUUCCUGUUCUGGGCGACGCUGCUUCUCUCUCCACUCAUUAACUUCGCCUGGGACGUGCUCGUCAGCGGCUCACCACUCCUCAUCAUCAGCUUCAUGAUCUUCCUCAUUAUUGCUUCUAUAGCUGUGCGCCGUCUCAUCGGUGUGACGGAGGUGAACAAAACAGGCUCCAGUUAUGGAAACGCUGAAUCCAAGAAAGAAAACUAGAACUUUCAGCUGAUCUGACUGCCCUCGGGCACUGUAUCGCUCAUUUUCAGUGCUAGAGCACGGAUUCGCCCGUCUGUGCAGUCGCCCUCCUUUUUAACGAAGAAAAAAAAACAAGUGGGGAAAAAAAAAAAAGUAAUAAAAAUAUCAACAUGGCAUUGAAGCAUGUGGGGGUGGGUUGGGGAAUGUAGAUAACUAUAAGUUUAUAAACUAGAGUAAUACUUAUUAAUUAUGAUGAUCAUUAAAACGAACAAAGUGUGAAAGCAUUUGAGAUUAUCAUUUCCCUCGGCAGCCUGGACUCUGGCGGUUGACCGAGACUGGACGUGGCAGCUCCGUCCUCUCCUGCUUAGCUUAGUCUCUCACUAGUUCAGGACCAAUUUCCUUAAAGGUUUCUACAGAGCCAUGUACUGUGGCAUGUUUCCGUUUCAGCCCUAUACCUGGGUACCGCCCACUUCUGGUCCAUAACGUCUAUAUAACCCCUGUGCACGGCUCUGCAGCGCUCCCACUGUCCAGCUGUUAUAACUCAAGCUGUGAAAUGAUACGACACAAUCACAUCAAAGUUUUGGUCAAAAGCUAAACUCUAAUUUUACUUACUACAACCUGGACUGAUUUUUUUUUUAAAUACUGAGCAUGUUGUUUGAGGCCAGCUAAGCACAGGUGACAUCCAAGCCACUACAUCAUAGUCCGAAGACUCCGUGAUUGUAGUUAGAAUAACCAUGGAGUUCAAAUUUCAAACAUGGGGUCAAGAACAGUGCUACAAAUGAAAAGUGAAUCAGUCUGGUGCCUCAUUGUCUCUUUGAAUCACCACAUUGUGGGUAACUGAGGAGUGCGUUCCCAUUUCAUGUUCAAUCCACUUCUGUUAAGACCACUUCUGUUUUAAGAUGACAAGGACUGCCUGAAGAAAUGUGACUAAACAACAGAUUUAGUUGGUGCAUGUUAAAAUGUUGAAAAUGCCAUGAAAAGAAUUACACAGACCAUUGUCAACAUUUCGACGGUUAUUUUUAAGCUAAACUUAACAACAAUGUGAACUUGGAUGAGGGACAAAUGGACCAAGGUCUUCAGUUUCUGUAGUUUACUCACUGUGACAAAUGGCUUUGUAACACAUGCGAUUGGAACUCAUCAUGGAGUUUGGAUGAUCAACAUGGUUUUGUUUGUUUGUUUAUUUGUUUUUGGGCUGUGUCGAGUUGUAAAUAAAUAUCAGGAUGUCCUCCUGAGCAUUCCCCAAUAUAUUUCCUAUUGCAGUUUAACAAUAGUAAUGAACCAUUUGGCUCAUGGGUGGUUUGGUGGAGGAAAAUUUCAAUGUUACUCAAUUACCUUCCUUUUUCAAGCAUUUUCACAAGUUAUAAUUGUCUAAAGGUUCAUUCUGUAAUUGUUCGACUGUUCACUAUAUAAUCAUUGGCAAAUAGGGUUUUUGAAAUGAAGACUCAACACAACGCUGCACAACAUGGCUUCAUAGAUUGGUGAGUUAACUUGGUGUUCAGUUUUGCUAAAUGAGAUGAACAGAUUUACACCGGCUUUACCUGCAUUCUACCAGUUAUCUUUCACCUGCUCAUGGAGAUCAACUUUUAUACCACCAAGGUCCAUCUGGGACUUAACAGAAUAAUAGUGCAUCUUUUUUUUGUUGUUUGUGUUCAUAUAGAAAAAAAAAAACAUCUACCACAAGCCUGAGUGGAUUUUGGUCAUGCAGGUUUUUAUGUAUAAUGUGUUGAUUUUAUGAUUUUUAAAAAAAAUUGUUAUUAGAACUUGUGUGCACUGUAUAUGCUCAUUUGCAUUAAAUUUGUACAAUUGGCUUUCAUUGUGCAAAUCCUGCAUGAUGUAAAAAUUUUGCUAGUGAGCGUUACAGUAGACCAUUGAGAAUUUAAGUUUUUUUGUUUGUUUUUUUUUUGUUUUUUAAAACCACAAAUACCACAAUUGUGACACUUUCUCUUGUUAUAUUCUAGGAUAUUCAGCCCAAGAGACCGAUCAUUUGUUGCUAUAGUCGUGGUUAUCACUUGACACUGGAGCUAGUGUACAGUGUGGCGAGACUGAGAUUAUUUAUCUACUAAAGUUUUAUUUUAAAGCACUGCUGUUUUAUUCAAUAGCCUUACAUCCUGGACAUUUACUCAUGAAGACUAAUUAAAUUCUGCUGUUUUACCAAAAUAUGCUCUGUGAACAAUGGCCUCAAUGUGAGGCACGUGUGGAGGAGGAAAAACACAAGGAGUGUUUCUUAUACAAAGAUUCCAAAUGUGUGUGAAAACAUCCUCCUUGAGAAGUUUUGAGGAUUGUUAUGGAGAUUGUGUAGAAUAAUAAAUUAAUGAUAGUAAUUAAAAUCACAGCAUUUCCCCACUUUUUGUGUUCUGUACCAAAUAAAUUAAAGAUUUCAGUAAGCGA